AAGAAGACGCGGUGGGUAGGGAUGCUGAUGCGAGAGAGAGAUCGUACGUGACAACAUCGGCAGGCAAACGAUGGAACUUAUUCUCGGUAUUUAAUCGCUGUUUUUUUUUUUUAUUUCAUCGGAGCACAGUGACAUUUUGUACGGAAGUAUUUUUGGGUCGAGGAAAGAGCGAAGUCGUCACGGUCUGGGUUGGCCCAUAUUUUUGAGUUGGAUACAGGUGGAUUUCCGUAGCAAAGAAAUAUAUAUACCAUAGACGACGACGACAUCCGUAACACUUAAAUUGUGACAGAGGAUUUGUUUGUUUAUGCACUCGCCCAGGACAUGGUGGCGGACGGUCUGUUUGGCCUGGUACCGAGCUAAUAGGCUAAUUUGGGCUAGCUCAUCACCUAGCCAAUAGCAGUGAAGCGGUAGGAUGCUGGAAAGGAGGAGCUAAUGUUAUUUUUCCCAAUUCCUUUCAGGAGAAAUCCACGAGAAUCCCGUACCAAUGGCAUUUAAACGCCGGUGUGCACUAAUGUUUCUGCCUUGAAAUGUUUUGGUAAACCUUACCAUGCGCUCAUCUUUAUAGAGGAGGUAAUUUUGCUCACGAUGGGAUACGAUGAGCGAAUCGGCUAAGCUAACGUUGACGCAAAUACUGUUCGAUUCGAGAUGCACUGCGUGUUUUUUUUCUGGGUUCGGUGCCGAAGUGUUAUUCUCGUCGUUUUUACUAAUAUCUUGACUUAAACGUUUGAUGAUUUUUGGGCAGAGACCGUGAUUUGGGAAAAGCCAUACGUGGACCAGCCAUGCCCGAAAAAAGACAUCAAGUGAGUCAAACCAGACUAAAUAUUUGGAAACAUUAAUAUGGUGAAAAUUGGGAAAAUGCGUUUGAUAUUCGAUCAUACGUUUGUUGAAUGUGGUUGCCGAUCUGUCAAGUUAGAAAAAAAGUACUUAUUGACAUCUGUAUAAAACUUAUAAUCACGGCAAAAGUUUCCACAAGAUGGACGCAUUAAUAUUAAGUUGUACCGCAUAACCCUAUAUAACCUAAGAUAAAGUAUGACGUGCGAAUUUGCUUUGGAGAUGAAACACCUGUAGCCAAAAUAGAUGGAACCCACGGUGGUGUCUAGCCCUUUGGGGCGUGCGCAGUGGGAGUCCGAGCAAGCGUUUCCUCUUGGAUUUCUCAGCCUGGACUCAGACAAUGGGGGUCUCCUGUGUCAAAACAACUGUGGUGAAACAGGUUUGCAUUUUGGCGACCCCGAUCUGACAUCUCAGCAAAGCAAAAUGGACCAAGUCUACCAGGAUGCGCCGGUCGAAUUGGAUAAACUUUUGUAUAUUUCCGAUUAUCCCUGUGGAGAUUUGUUUUUUGAAGAGUGUCAUUCCACUGCUUCUGACACAUCGCCUCACACGGAAAGAAACAAGGAACCUGAUGACUUCAUGCUUUCGUGGCUGUUUUCUCCCAACCUCACUGAUGUGGUUGGGAAAAACUUUGUAUUUGAGGAGGCCUCUCUUGGAGGCAACAGCACCUUCAAUGGACAGACUGAGAUAAUAACCAACAGUAGCACGACAGUGCCGUCUUCCCAAUGUACGUAUAAUUCUGAAUCAAAUCCAGCAGAUUCACUCAUUUCCACAGAUCUCCUCUCGGAUAAGCAGACUUUUGUCGCCUCUGAGUUAGCGGGCGUGUCACACGGUGUCAGUGAAGGACUGGUAGACCUGUCACAAGAGGAGGCCCUGAUACACAACAGGCCAACUUUGUCACGUGAAACUGGAGACAAAGGUUUAUUCCCAGAUCAAGUGACAGCUCUGCCAGUAAACAGUAGUUUGACCCCACAAGGGCUACCUGAGAACAGCUUUCUACUUAGCCACAGCAGCACACUACUGGCUUGUCCUCAAGGAUCUUUAUUGGAUUUUGAGGGUCCAGAACUUGACGGCGGUCUAACCCUUCAUCCCGAUAGCCCAGCAGGUGCACAGUCGGAUGCAACCGAGGAUUCCGACGUUAAACAUGCUGCCCAAACGAUAUGCAGGACCUUAGAUCUCCAAGACGAGAGUGACUCACCUCCUGCGAUUUCGUCGCAGACAGACUCUCCGGCUGAGGAUGUCAUCAUCAGAGGUGAUCUCAGCUGUGGGAGCUUCUCUGUGGAAGGUACACCAAAAGAUUUGACGGAAAGCAAAAUCUGCACCACGGCCGAGCAUCGAGCCAAUGAUGAAAUGGCUUUGGAUUUUUGCUCAAUCACUGAUGGAGUCUGCAGUGAGGGACCGUGGAACUUGAAGCCGCAGGAGGAAGUAAAUGAUGAAACCGCUCGUGAUGCGACGACAGAACCGAGGGAAGAGAAACUAACAAUUAACAAUCUGCAAGAUUUUGAUGUUGUGGAGUUGAGCAGUUGCACAGAAAAGACUGGAUGGACGAUUGAUCCAAGUGUGGAGACGGUUGCUCUCUCCAAGAUGGUGGGAGAUGACUCACUGCCAAUGGUUUCCGCUGUCAACGCGAGAGAAGAAGAUGCCUCCCCUCUAAAAACUGUAUUCGAUGCUUUAGACCAGGACGGAGAUGGCUUUGUUCGGAUUGAGGAGUUUAUGGAGUUCGCUACUGCCUAUGGUGCUGACCAGGUAAAAGAUCUGACCAAGUUUUUGGAUCCCAGUGGGCUGGGAGUCAUCAGCUUUGAAGACUUCCACCGAGGAAUUUCUGCUAUCAGCAAUGGAGGUCCCGAGCCGCAGCUGUACAGGGCAAACUACAGUCCGGGCGACGGAGCUGUCGGGUGUCCAGAGGAAUAUGACGAGCAAAAUGAGGUGACGGACAGCGCGUACCUGGGUUCCGAGAGCACGUACAGCGAAUGCGAGACAUUCACGGACGAGGACACCGGUGCCCUCGUGCCCCCGGAAAUGCACGAGGAUGUGGACACGGACAGCGGGAUCGAGGCUGCACUUCAUGACCCCGAAGAGGCCAUCAAUAGGUUCUCACUCAACUCGGAGCUGCACAACCCCUCCCCGGUGGCGGUCAUCGGCGGCGAGGAGGAGCAUUUUGAAGAUUUCGGCGAGAGCAAUACGUCAGAGCUGCUGCUGGAAAGUGCAGAGGAGGGCGCCGAUAUCGCCGUUGACUGCCCUCUGGCGCAGAGCCCUCAGCAGAUCGAUGUCUCCGCUCUGCUCUCUCCGAGCGCACCCGCUCCUCUCCCCGACUGCUUUCAGAGCUUCCUCAAGGAGGAGGCGCUGGACUUUUUCUGUAGCCAAUGUCACAAACAAAUAAGUCGCCUGGAGGACCUCUCCACCCGCCUCAAUUUCCUAGAGAUGACUAGUGCUGGCAAAAGACUGUCCAGCAAGAAGGUGGCAAGACAUCUUCUGCAGAACAGCUCAAUAACGCUGGACACGGUGAGCGACCUCACCCGUGACAUCCUGGAGCUGGCUGACAAUGACAUCACAGACAAGAUGCUACUACUCGAGCGUCGCGUGGCAGAGCUGGAGAAGGAGUCGGAAACUUCGGGCGAGCAGCACGCGCGCCUGCGGCAGGAGAACCUUCAGCUGGUGCACCGCGCCAACGCCUAUGAGGAGCAGCUGAAGGAGCAGGAGCUGCUCGCCGACGAGCAGCUGCAGCACGAGAUCCGGCGCCACAAGGAGGCUCUGAGCAAGCUGGAGAGGGAGAGAGGACUGGAGAUGGAAAACCUGCAGUCCAGAAUGCAGCAGCUUGAUGAGGAGAAUAGCGAACUGAGGUCCUGUGUUCCUUGUCUACGAGCAAACAUCGAGAGGUUAGAGGAGGAGAAACUGAAGCUCGAAGACGAGGUAGACAUCAUGACCGUCAAGUGGCAGGAUGAGAUGGAGACCCGGCAGAAGAUGGCCGACAAGCUGAGCCAUGAACGCCAUCAGAACCAAAAGGAGAAGGAGAGCACGCAGGAGCUAAUUGAAGACCUGCGAAAGCAGCUGGAGCACUUGCAAUUGUACAAAUUGGAGGCGGAAGCAAAACGGGGCCGCUCGCUCAGCGCCGGGCUGCAGGAGUAUCAAACUCGCACCCGAGAAGCGGAACUGGAGCAAGAGAUCAAACGACUCAAACAGGACAACCGCAGCUUGAAGGAGCAGAACGAUGAGCUGAACGGGCAGAUCAUCAACCUCAGCAUCCAGGGAGCCAAGAGCCUGAUGUCUGCUUCCUUUUCCGACUCCCUGGCAGCCGAGAUCAACUCUGUGUCCCGCUCUGAGUUGAUGGAGGCCGUCCAUAAACAGGAGGAGAUCAACUACAGACUCCAGGACUACAUUGAUAAAAUAAUCGUGGCCAUCAUGGAGUCCAACCCCUCUAUCCUUGAGGUCAAAUAAUCACCAUCUGGGUAUGAGGGGGGGAAAAAGCCACACAGUGACCUCAUCAUCCAAAAUAACAAGUAAUCUGAUGUAAAAAUAGAAGAUUAUUAUAUUUGUGCGUGUGUGUGUGUGUGUGUGUCUGCGCAUCAGGCGCUCCUCAGGUUCUGGUGACUUCCAUUUAUUUUGGUCAGAGGAACCCGAGCCCGGAUGAAUGCAGGCGUGAAACUUAAAUCAACCUGCCCCCCCUCUCUCCCCCGUCAUCCUUUAAGUUUUGACCUCAAAAGGAAGGACAAGGCAAUUAAUUACCUUGAAGGCCUUAAACUCAGAGGAGAUGAAACGUAUCCUGCUAGUUCGCCUCAGUUGCAACUGGAAGCGUCAGGAUUAGGACCACCGUCUCUUGAACCAUGCUGCUGACUCAUGGGAUGAAGCACUGGUCAGCUUGCUGUGGACUUUUUUGGGGGUCAACCCACGUGAAGGACAUUUCUAUGCCGGAGGGGUUUCUGCUUUUUUGUGUGUAAUUUGACUUUUUUUUUUUAAAUGAAGGACCUCAUUGAGUAAUGAAUUGCAUCUUUUGUUUGUUUUAUUUUUGUUUGGCUUUUUUUUUUUUGUAUGAUGAACAAGGGGCCUGGCAUUCAGGUGGGCUUCACGGUGCAAAGGAAUUAAUCAUUCUUAUAAGAUGCUUCCCAACAUUUUAUUGAGCCAAAGCAUUAUUUUGGACAUCACAAAAAUCUCACAACACAACACUAAACAAAAAAAAAGUUACAAAUUAAUUCUAUAGUAACUAAUUUUCAGGCCAAUUCAAUGAAAAUUGAGAAUUUCCAGCAGUGGUUGGGAAUCAAUGUAGAAUUGAGAAAGAAAGGAUUAAAAAAAACCAGCCUCCACCUGAUUCCAGUGUUCUUGCUGAGAGAAAGUGUUUUUUUGUUUGUUUGAGUUCUUGUCAAUGAAACUGAGACUGAAAAGAUUAACUGCUUACAUGUGAAGAGUAUGCAAAACCGUUGGAGCAUUGAUUCGUAUAAAUGCUCAAACGGUUUUUAUAUUCGAGUCUAAUGGUUGCACUUUGCACUAAAUUGUGUUUUGUUUUUAUUCCAAUGGAAGGGAUCAAAAUGUAAAAUGUUUGCGGAGAUUUAAAGCACGCUCAGGUGUGGGCUCAUGCAAUGACCAACCUACGAGGCAAUCAUAACUGCCACAUUUAAUCGAAAAAGACUUGGCUCAUGGCAGGUUUUACGGCACCGGAUGGAUUUGGCAGACUUGUCCCGGAUGACAUACAGAGCAAACCUUGAAUCCUAAUCUCGCUUACUUUUUCUUCAACCCACGUUGCACACGGAUGCUCCACUCGUCUGGACUUUGGAGGACAAAUGAAGAUCUAAAUUUCAGAUCUUGCUGGGUUGAAAAGAAAAAAAAAACUGUCCAGCUUUGCUUUCCUCACAAAACGGUCUCAUGCUCACGUUGUCACUCACAACGCUUCACCUGCCACUCCUCGGAAUAUGGCCUUGUAUGUAAAUGACUUGUAAAGUUUUUUUCUACGCUCAUUCUGGAUUGUAGGUAUUUUUUUAGUCCGAGGGAAACGACAACAACAACAAAACAUUUAUUGUCUCAUCUCAAGUGAGAAAAAUGCUGAUGCUGCCUCUAUUCCUUUCUAGCAUGUAGCGUGUACAGAACGUUUACUCUUAUUUGGAAUCUCACAGAUAUUUAUUCAAUAUGCGACACAAAGGCAACACUUGUCAUCUAUUCUGCAAUGUUUUUUUUUUUUUUUUUGUUUUGAGGCGAAUGUUGAAUUCAUGGUGACGAGUAAUGUGCAUAUCAUCUCAGUGCGUGUGUAGUAAUUUGCUGCAAGAGGUCGUUAGUCGAGGUACUCUUCUAUAUAUUGUCGUGGCCGCUCGAGGGUUUUUUCUUAUAGAUAUACAGCUCGUAGAGUCGUCUUCCCGUUUUGGAGUCAGGUACCGCACGGAAACACUGAUUUUCAUUGUAUACUAUUCAGGCUACUGACAGUACACGUUUUCUCACUUUGAGCGCGAUUGGAGCUUUUCCCUCACGUGAUUCAUCACAGCGGUGGUUGUCAAAGUGUUGUCAAUCACUUUGAGAAUUGCAGUGACGCAGAAUCAUUCAAGCUUUAGAAAUGGGAUGAUGCCAACGGGCUAGGCGACAACAAAAGUGAUUGUUGGAGUGCUAUUAAGUCAGACAGUGACAUGCAACAGUUCCUUUUUUUUAUGCAGAGAUGAUUGCACUUUAACCACAUUUUUUUAAACCAAAUAUCUGCUAAUGUAACCCCAGUUCAUCUGAUUCAGAGAGACAGAAAAUUAAUAAAAAGAAAAUCACUCUUCUAGUCUAAAACACUGUGCCCGUUUUUCAAAGAUUGCCUCGAAACAAACCUGAUAGGAAAAGCACUGACCACACCACAGCGAUGUUGUUGGUGAAACCUUUGCUGUAUAUAUGAAUUGUAAUUUUUGAGGAUUUUACUCCACACUCACUUCCAGUGUCCAAAGAAAAUUGCAGGCACCACCCUCACUACAUGUGUAGUGCAUGAUUUGCCAUUUGUUGUCUGACAUGGGAAGAUGAAACAUUGUAGAAAGACAAAAUUGUAAAACUUAUUCAUAUUUUGGGAAAUAAAUGUAUAAAUUAUAACAGUAUUGGUUAAAACAAUGUUUUAUUUUUAUGUUUGGACUAUCCCCUGUACAUCAAAUUACUUGGAGUACAUAUAAACUGCUCAAGAAAAUCAAGGGAACACUUAGUUACAUUGUGCUGUUGAAGUAAUCCCUUUAUUUUUUUUGAACAGUAUACUUUCAGUCAUUGUAAAAAAAGAAAUUAUAAAAGUAAACAGUGGGAUUACGAGUAGGAAAAUAAAAGGAAUAAAAUUAA